UUCACAUACGACCAUAGGACGUUGAAAACAAGGCUUCCCGUUCGCUCAGCCCUAUUUAAGCAACGUACCGGUGGAUUAGUAGUUAGGUGGGUGACCACUAGCGAAUACCCACUGUUGUAUGUUUUUGCCAUCAUUUGGCUCUUGUAACCAAACAUCAGCUGUCUGCGCACGAAGCCUUCACUUCGUCAACAGCGUCCUUUACUUUUUGCUUCUAGAAAUUAAAACUGCCUGGGUUAUAAGAUUAUUAUUAUUAAUAAUGAGCAAACCUCUCACAUACGACCAUAGGACGUUGAAGACAAGGCUUCCCGUUCGCUCAGCCCUAUUUAAGCAACGUACCGGCGGAUUAGUAGUUGGGUGGGUGACCACCAGCGAAUACCCGCUAUUGUAUGUUUUUUGCCAAUUUUGUGUGAUCGACGUACGUAGGUAGCUGGUGGUGAGCCAUGUCGCAACCUUGAA